AUGGGCCGCAAACCGAAUCCCAUCAUCCUCGAGUACUUUGAGCGAGGACCAAAGUUGAAUGACAACAGCAACCGUUACCCGCACACCUGCAAGCAAUGCGGUGAGAACUUCCCCAAGGGUCGCGUCGAUGGCCUCAUGGCCCACAUCACCAAGAAGUGCCCUGCCAUCACCGACUCGGAACGCAUGCGGGCAUGCCUCGAGAUGCACGGCAUCGCCCAUGCUCGCACCGCCGCCGAGCGCCAACAGCAGGCUCGGGCCCGGGAAUCCGUCCGGCCCACCUCGCUUCCACAGGGAUGGAGUGCCCUCGAGACGCUCGCCGAGGCAUCGCGGCAGGUGGACCUAAACGAGAACAGCCGUCAGAAGAAAGGUCAGCUCGCCGCCAUGGCCGCCAACAACGAACGAUUUCAGCUUCACGAGCAGUACACUCUCGACAACCCGCCUGUGAGCUACGACAACCGAGUGCAGGUCAACGCGAGAAAGGACGGCAACAUCUCACCAACCGAUCGUUCCCCGGGAUCCGUCAAGAAUACUUUGCCCGGCACCGAGCUUUCGCCCGAAGAAAGGUUGCAGGCGCUGCUGCCAGUGAGCCAAUCGUCGCCAGACCCCUCGAACAUAUCCGUUGCCGUUGCCGCCACUGCUCGGCUCAACCCGUCCUUUUUGGACCCGCAGCUUGCCAACCACGAUUCUCCUGCUGCUGGAUCUGCUGCCUCCGCCUCUGUUCCUGCUCCUGCUCCCACUGCCUCUCCUGCUGCUCCGCCACCCGCCUCGGCAGAGACUCAGGCGUUGGCUACGACGGCCGAGGACCUUUCAACUCUGCCUCACGUCUCCCACUCCGACGCAACUCUCUCGCCUCCCUGGGGUGAGAUGACGUAUCUCGCAGCCGCAGCUCCGCCACCGAUCAUCUUUGACCAUCCUCCGACUACGGUGCCGCCGCCGUUGAACCGUGGUGGCGUCCGUAUGGACACCAGCGGCCCCAAUCUGAACGGCCGAUCACGCCAUUUCCGCUCCAAGUUCACGCCGACCCGACGUGAAGAGGUUAAGGAGGUUCGGAAGCUCGGGGCCUGUAUUCGCUGUCGUAUUCUACGGAAGCUCUGCAGCAAAGGCACGCCGUGCGAAACGUGCGAAAAGGUGCUCACGCCCAGGGUCUGGAUGGCCGGCUGCGUCCGCACCCGCUUGCACGAGCAACUCGACCUGUAUUCCGCCGGUGUUCAGGUCGUCUUGUCCCAGAACCGCAUCAACCUGCUCAAAGACCAGCUCCAGCUGACCGAUGUCGGUUCCACCGUCGAGGUGUCGCAUUUUCCAGACACCGGAUAUCAUAUCAGUCUCGCCACCCUGGCCGUGCUCCUGGAGCCCGCGGGAGAUGGAGAUGCGGCCACCCAACCAAGGGACCACCAGGUCAUCAUGAUCAACCAGGACCGGGAAGAUGUUCCUAACAAAGUCGAGACGUACAUGCGUGACGUCCUCCGCCUCUUCGUCGAGCGCGAGCCGUCGAGGUUCAUGCGCAUCACCCUCGAGACGGCCCUCCAACUGGCAUCGGAUAUGGACGAUAACCUUCUCGGCAAGGCGCUCGAGCUGUGGGGCCUCGUCGAGUGCAUCGACCGCGAGAGGCAGUGGACCAUCGUCGAGAGGCUCGCCGGCGAGGACGGAAGGUCGAGGCCGGUCAAGGAGGCCCAGGUGGAGAACAACGUGGACAUCUACAGCAUGAUCUGCAUGCAGCUCAACGCUGCCGCCGAGCGUAAAGCCAACAGCACGUCCAGGGGCCUUCUCAACCUCUUGGACCGGCUUCUGGUUGACAGCAAAACCAAGGCCGGCUUCCACACCUACCUGACGGCAAUGAUCUUCCUCAACUGCGUCGAGAAAUCCACGUGGGCCUUCAAGGCAUGGGAGCAGGACCACCUUCGCCCCGGAUGGCCGCUCGAGCGCGACCCAGGUGCCUUCACCGACCAGGGCGGCAUCAUUGCCGGCUUGCUGAAGAUGCUCCUCGGCAUCCGCAAGGCCCUUCCCCCGACCGUGCGCGCCAUGGAUGGCAAGCUUUCCACGACGGAGACUGAUGUCAUAAUUUCCACCUAUUUUCGAAAUCUGGACUUGGAAUAUGAUGCUGUGGAGGCCCGCCAAAGGGGCUCCCAAUUUUCGCCCGCAGACUCGCGCUCCCUUGAGCUCAUGUUCUGCUCACACCUUCUCCUCCCUACGCCAACUCGAUGA